UAGUUUCAAUCUACGACGAAGCGACGUUGUCGAACGUCACUUCAACGUUUCUUUCUAGUACUUACUUAGGGCGCUGUAGUUCUUUGUCCUGUAUUUGUGCCUCUCUCUCUUUUGCCGGUAACCUCCCGAGCCUCUCCCCGUCCCCUCUAGGCAACGCGUUCCUUCUUGGCCAGGUCUGGUAACAAAGAGACGAACAGGUAGCAGUGACUUUGCCGCCGGGUAUGGCUCUCUCACCUACAGGGAUAUACUCCUCUCUGGCCGACUGGGACUGCAGCCGCGCUCUGGACGCCCUCCUGGCCGAGGAAGACGGCGGAGUGUCUGUGGUUCCGCUACUACAAGUGACUGGUACGUGUGAGAUUUCAACCAGCGCUAGUAGCUGCGGUGACUCACCGCUCGACUCCCCUACCUCGGACGAGGGGAGCACGCAGAGCAUCGACUCCGGGUUCUCCACGGCGCCGGGACUGGUCAAACCAGAAGAGGACCAGUUGUUGGCCGGUUUGUUCAUCGGGGAAAAUAUCUCUGACUUUGACUUUCUCGCGUGCGGGCAGCCUACCAGUUCAGGCUCUUUCUCCCUCUCCCCCCUCGCAGCCGCGACUGUACCCGCCCCCCUCACCGUCGGGACCCUGGACAAUGACUCCUCUCCCCUCAGCCUAGAUUCCGUUCCUCAAAUACGCCCCACAAACCGCCGAAACAGCAUGUUUAGUUCCGAUUUUGACCUCGAUUCUCCUUCGCCACCGGCCAACAGUGCCUCUAGAGCCAUCUCCAAGAACAACGGGCCUCUCGUCUCGAUGGACAAGAGCCGCAAGAAUGCCGAGGCUGCGCGCCAGAACCGACUCAAGAAGAAGAAGUACAUGGAGGAGCUUGAGCAGGACCGGUCUCGAUUGCGAGCAGAUAAUGUCGUGCUUAAAACGAGAUGCACGGAGCUCCAAAACCGGAACAGGAAACUGGAGACCGAGGUGGCCUACCUGCGGAGCGUCUUGGCCAAUCAAAGCACACUGUCCACGCUCAUCAAGAACAUUCCAGGCAUUCCGGGUGUCAAUCUCACCAGUUCUUUCUCGCGGAAGAGGCCAGGAGAAUCUGCCGUCGACUCUGCUUCUACCUCCUCUUCUUCGUCGACAUUGCUCCCGCCAACCAAGAGAUCUAGAGGUGGUUCAAACGCUAUUGGUUCACACUCUGGUGGCAUCUGUCUCCACGUGUCAAAAGAAAGCGUUUCUCUUGAGUUCUGUGCACAGUGCAGUCUAAAAUCGGGACAGGUUUAGCGCAAUUCGACCAGAAAACAGCGUUCAAACACACCAGAUGUUGACUUGCACCAAACAACUCGAGAGCAAAAUCCCUUUGAUUGGUGGCCAAUUGCAGAGGACAUCCCCCCCCACCAACAUAGUGACAUGUUGGUAAUGUGUAAUUAUUCAUACUGACUCAAUGGUACGCAAUUGUGUGUAACAAGUCCGUUUCACUUAUCUCACAAACAAGAGCAUCUUUUUUCCGUUUCUUAUCCUGAUUUUUGUAAGUUACAUACUCCAGUGAUGUUUCUGCUCGUCUCUCUCUCUCUCUCUCUUUCUCUCUCUCCACAAUUUUCAGUGAAAUGAGAUCACCUGUGUUGCUGGGGCGAUACGUAAGUUUCGGUCGUGGUGGACAAGCUCUGUUCCCGAUAAAAGAAGCAGGGAGAGCAGGAUUUCCAUAGAGUAAUGUGACUCAGAGUGGUUACUUGUACAUACACAAUCUAGUGACGUUCAUUGUAACAUUGUACAAGCAAGGUUUUAUGACUGCGCGUGCGGGAGACGUGCAAUAAUUA